AAACGCAGGCAACACCUGAAACUUUUUGACCAAAAGAAUUUCCUGGGUAUUAUUUUUAGUUAAUUGUACCUACUAAAUAAUACACAAUAAAGAGAUGACUGAUACAGUUUAUUACAUGUAUGUGCUAGUCUUUGCAAGACUGAAGGUGGGAUGUUCAUACUUCUGAUCCGUUCAUAGUCAAAGCAAAUUGCAAAUGAUGGACCUGUUAAAGGUUGAGUUACAGUAAUAAGUAUUAUUGGUGAGGCAAAUGUAUGUUCUCUCUGUUAUAAAUUCCUUUUUAAUUUGUUGAAGCAGUUGUUGGUACUGUUACAACUUAAGAAUAUACAGGUGUAGAACGUUAACCCUGGAAGAGUUCAGCUUUGGGGAUAUUUCUUUGAAGGAGAAGAUCGAGUCUUGUAUGUACUAAGUUACUUCAUAACUGAGCAAAACCUCAGUAACCAUUGCCAAGAUCCUUUCCUGCUUUUCUACAGCUAUAACUUCAUAUAUAUGUUAUAUAUAUAACAGCUGUAACAAUCAUAACCAAACCUUUCCAAGGGUGGUUCUUUUUUGAUUGGUGUUUGGAUUGCCAGCAUAUAAAGUGGUCAUGCAGAAAUUAUUCUGAGGAGCCACUGAAAGUAAAGACGGGCUUAAGAAGGGGUGGGAGGAUUUCAGAGUAAUACAAAGGAAGAUUAGAUGGAUCUUUGUUAAGAGAAGGGGAGAGGUAACAUUUGCUUCACUGGAAUAAAGAUUUAACACGGGAAAGCAAGGUUCAGCUACGUGGGGUUGCACUGCAGUUAGGUAAUGCAGGGUGUAUCUCCGUACUUAAAAAUUGAGUUCAGUUUUGUUCUUCAUGCAGCAGAGAGGAGACAUGCCGUGGUGAUAGAAAGAAGGUUUAUGCUAGGCGUGAGUCCGGGGCAGGCAUCUGGCAGCCUGUUCUUUGUCCGUGCAGAGACCCCCUCUUCCUACCCGGCCUGCCCCCGCCGCUUGCUGCCGCUCCUCGACGUUCUUUCAGCUGGGAAGCAGCGGGGUGAAGGAAGAGACCCCAGAAAAUAAAAGUAUAUUUCAGAAAGUGAAAAUCAGAAGUAGCUGCUGACAUUAAGAGAAGUGUACUAAGGAUAAUUUCUUGAGGACAACUUUUUAAGAUGUGGUGAGAAGCCUGCAUUUUCCCCUGUGCUGUAUAUAGUGCCUUAAAAGAUGGGGUUUGGAGGUGACCUGAAGUAUUCUCAUGAUGCUUUAUUAAAACUACAAGACUGGGAACUACGACUGCUGGAAACGGUGAAGAAAUUUAUGGUAAUGCGAGUAAAAAGCGAUAAAGAGUAUGCCUCAACUUUACAGAAUCUUUGUAAUCAAGUAGAUAAAGAGAGCACGUGUCAAUUGGAUUAUAUCAGCAAUGUGUCCAAGUCUUGGUUGCUCGUGGUACAGCAAACAGAACAGCUGAGCAAAAUAAUGAAGACACAUGCAGAAGAUCUUAAUUCCGGGCCUUUGCAUAGGCUUACAAUGAUGAUCAAAGAUAAGCAGCAAGUUAAGAAGAGUUUCGUAGGUGUUCAUCAACAAAUAGAAGCAGAGAUGUACAAGGUCACAAAGACAGAACUAGAGAAACUAAAAUCUAGCUAUAGACAACUAAUAAAAGAAGUAAAUUCUGCCAAAGAAAAAUAUAAAGAAGCUGUGGCUAAAGGAAAAGAGACUGAAAAAGCCAAAGAUCGGUGUGAUAAAGCCACUAUGAAGCUUCAUAUGUUGCAUAAUCAGUAUGUGUUGGCACUGAAAGGAGCACAGUUACAUCAGCACCAGUAUUAUGAUACUACGCUUCCUCUGUUACUUGAUUCACUACAGAAGAUGCAAGAAGAAAUGAUUAAAGCCCUAAAAGGAAUCUUGGAUGAGUAUAGCCAGAUCACUAGUCUUGUAACAGAAGAGAUUGUGAAUGUCCAUAAAGAGAUCCAGACCUCAGUUGAACAGAUAGAUCCUAACUCUGAGUAUAAUGACUUCAUAGAUACUCACAGGUCAUCAGAAGUUGUUGAACAAGAAAUAGAGUUUGAUACGUCUUUAUUAGAAGAAAAUGAAAACCUUCAAGCUAAUGAGAUCAUGUGGAAUAAUCUAACAGCAGAAAGUUUACAAGUCACGUUAAAAACAGUAAUAGAAGAACUGAUUCAGACACAACAAACCCUUUUGAGCAAAGAGGAACUUGUGUUGGAACUGGAGAAAAAGAUAGAAGAGUCCUCUAAGACUUGUGAAAAGAAGUCUGAUAUUGUACUCUUGCUAAGCCAAAAGCAAGCACUGGAAGAACUUAAGCAAACAGUUCAGCAAUUAAGAUGCUCAGAGGCAAAAUUUGCAGCCCAGAAAGAACUACUGCAACAAAAGGUCCAAGAGAAUGAUGGGAAGGAGCCACCACCUGUAGUGAACUACGAAGAAGAUGCUAGAUCAGUGACUUCUAUGGACAAGAAGGACAAAGUCUCAAGAUUUGACACUAUACGUCAUUCCAUAGCUGGAAUUAUAAGGUCUCCAAAAUCCAUGUUGGGGUCGUCAUCGUUCUUUGAUGUAAUUUCAACCACUGAGAAACCAUUGGCUGAGCAAGACUGGUAUCAUGGUGCAAUUCCAAGAAUAGAAGCCCAGGAGCUGUUAAAACAGCAAGGAGACUUCUUGGUGCGAGAGAGCCACGGGAAACCUGGUGAAUAUGUCCUUUCUGUGUUUUCAGAUGGACAACGGAGACACUUUAUCAUACAAUAUGCUGAUAAUCAGUAUCGUUUUGAAGGAACUGGGUUUCCAACUAUUCCUCAGCUCAUAGAACAUCAUUACACAACAAAGCAAGUUAUUACAAAGAAAUCAGGUGUUGUUCUGCUGAAUCCUGUUGUUAAGGAUAAGAAAUGGGUUCUCAAUCAUGAAGAUGUCACACUGGGAGAACUACUAGGCAAGGGUAAUUUUGGUGAGGUGUAUAAGGGAACAUUAAAGGAUAAAACUCCUGUUGCUGUAAAAACUUGUAAAGAAGAUCUUCCUCAGGAACUGAAAAUAAAAUUUCUGUCAGAAGCCAGAAUACUCAAACAGUAUGAUCAUCCUAAUAUUGUAAAACUUAUAGGAGUUUGCACACAACGACAACCUAUUUAUAUUGUUAUGGAACUUGUUCCAGGAGGUGAUUUCCUGUCCUUUUUAAGAAAAAAGAAGGAUGAGCUAAAAACCAAACAGUUGGUGAAAUUUUCAUUAGAUGCUGCUUCUGGUAUGGCAUAUCUAGAAUCUAAAAAUUGUAUACAUAGAGACCUGGCUGCAAGGAACUGCUUGGUAGGUGAAAGCAACAUUUUGAAAAUAAGCGAUUUUGGAAUGUCCCGGCAAGAGGAUGAUGGCGUGUACUCAUCGUCAGGCCUAAAGCAGAUUCCUAUCAAGUGGACUGCUCCAGAAGCUCUCAACUAUGGAAGAUACACAUCUGAGAGUGAUGUAUGGAGCUUUGGAAUCCUUUUGUGGGAGACCUUCAGUUUAGGAGUAUGUCCGUACCCUGGAAUGACCAACCAGCAAGCACGAGAACAAGUUGAGAAAGGCUACCGAAUGUCAACACCACAAAAAUGUCCAGAAGAAAUAUAUAAAAUAAUGCAGAGGUGCUGGGACUACAAACCAGAAAACCGGCCAAAAUUCAGUGAGAUUCAGAAAGAGCUGUCUUCAAUCAAAAAAAAAGUGACAUAGUGAUACACAAGUGCCAAACUCAAUAUGUGGGACUUUAUUUUCCAGUGAAAUAAUUUUUUCCCUUCAAACACUAUGCAUUUAUACAACAUUAUUUGCAAUAUUCUUCUAGGGUUACUUUGAAAUUAUUUGGGGUUUAUAUAUAUGUGUAUCAUCUUCAAUGAUGUCUGCACCUGCAUUAAAGACGUAUACUGCAAAAUGCUAUAUAUCCAGUCACAGUAAUAUUGUCAUUUAGGUUACAUGUAAAUAGAAGAGCAUAUAGGAUAGAUAUAAGGGACUGUGGCUUCUGUCUGUUUUACGGGAAGUAACUACUAGUGACAUUUCUCAGAGGUUUGCUACUUUAAGCUGUGUUCUCACUCUGCUGUCCCUGCCCUGUAUGUCAACACCAGCAGCACUCUAAAGGGGUGACUGUCAUACAUGUUGGCCUUAAAACUGAAGACAGUUUUGACAACUAUUUUAACUAGAAACUUUUCUAUUUUUAAAAUUCAUUCUGCAACUGAUAUUUUUAGUGAUACUUUGAUUUAAGGAUGAAGGUCAGAUUCUGGAUGCAAAUCUGGUUACUGAAUGGUGAAAUCCAGAAUUUUCUUUUGUAGAAAAUUGAAUUUCUUGUGCAUUUAUUACCAUACUGUAGUAAAUAUUUCUGACUUCUGAUGUGAUUUACUUAAGCCACGCCUUUUCUUCCUACAAAGCCAUCAGAAUUCAGCAAUAUGUGUCCUUUACAAUGACCUAUAUUUAAGAAACAAAAACCCCAAUACGAAGUCUUUACUGCACAUGUUAAGAAAUACUCCAGGAUGUCUGCCUUCCAAAGAAUAUGUAAAAGCAGUAGGCCUACAGAAAAAGUGUUGCUAAUGAUAGCAGCAGAUAUAUAUCAUUGAUCUUAGAGGAGUUAAAGAAUGUGAAUUGCUGGAUUUGCUUUUGAUCUUGAUUUUUUUCCUUAAAUUGGUAAUAAUUCUCAGAAUGCAGAUGUAGCCUACAAAAGUUUAUGCUAAGCAAAGGUACAUUCUGUGCAUAGUGUCCAAAGGAAAAUACUACUUCUGUAUGGCGUAAGGAAAUUGUUCAAGCAACCAAUAUAAAGAAAUACGUUCAAAGCCUCUGACAGGCUGAGCAAGGCAGACUAGAAAUACUAACCUUCUAUUCUAACUUUUUUAAAUCAUUGCAGUCAGAUUUCAAAAGUCUGGGGACCAGUAAGUUUUAAAUGCCACAAGGAAUAAAAGCCUUGUAUGUGUGUAUACAUACAUACAUAUAUGUGUAUAUAUAUAUAUAUAUAUAAAAUACUCUGCCAGAAAGAAUAAAAACUAACUAGAGAAGGGAGAGAGUAAAGGCACAGUUCGCUACGGUGGCUCUGGGUCCUCUUUGCAGCUGGAAUUAUUUUCUAGGGCUCUGCACAGAAACAGGAACAAAUUAAAGUAUCCUGGUCUGAGUCUCAAGGUUAAGGUGCUUAAAAUUUUUCUAAGAUUUAACUAAAGGUUUUUUGAUCAAGGGAUGCCAGUUGCUGCUAAUGGAAAUAACAAACAGGGACUGUAAGUAACACAGCAUCUGGAAUGUUAAUUAGCCCUGUAUUUUAUUGUUAAAGUGGGAUUGAGAUGUAGUGAAGUCAGUGGCUACAUUACAUUUUUUCUUCUUAAGUUAAGGUGACUUUUCUCUUGUCCACAAUAUUCUUGCCCUCUGAAGUGUAUUUAUAUUAGUACUGAGUGGUAAUGUUUAAGGGCUCUGUGUGACCAAAAUAUGUGUAGUCUAGAAGAGUUUGUCUGUUACAUUGGCGUUAGUGUCCAAAUAAAAAAUGAAUGAUCAUGCUGGAGCACAUCACCUGAAUUUGAGGUGGAGCUGUCGACAUCCAGCUAUAGGGAACGAUGAGCGUUUCUUGCAUUUCUUAAGUCAUUUUUUUCUUGGAGCUAAGGAAGCAUAUACAUACCCAUGAAGGUGUAGUGCUUGGAAAACUUGGUGGCAUAAACUUCCUUACAAGCUUACUGGAUAUAUUUACUUAGUUCUGUACUUCCAAGUAGCCCAAAGAUAUUUUUCAAGAGUAAUGGGAAACAUUCUUGUUCAUUUGCAUGCUUUUAAGUAGUUCACAAAGUUUGUGCCUUAAUUUGCUAGUAAGCUAAUGCAAAUGCAAGUGUACUAAGAUUUAAAGAACAUUCCACAAUUGUUUGGAAAAAUUCAAGACUCAUCCAACUGCAGGUCCUUAUGUAUGCAUCGCUAAAACCUGCAGGUGAGGAUAAAGGUGUCUCCUCUGUCAGCAUUCAUAGCUUCUCUGGAGAGUUAAUAUAUUCUUCUUCUAUGAAAGAGAUUAACUGUUUCUUCGCUGUGUGCCCUCUUGACAGCAAAGAAAUACUGUUUUAUUUUUAUAAAAUAAAAUACUGUUUUAUUUGUCUUAAUUAACCAGUCACCAUCCUGACUCUCACAUAAAGAUAAAAAUUGUACUCAUAUUUUAUUCUGAAAUUGUAAUUCAUAUCACACUUCGUUUAAAUUUAGAGACUUUUUAAUACAUGGGAUUUCUAAAGCAGCAAGAAAAUUUAUUAUUAUUCCUGAAGUAAGCAUCAGUUUAGUUAAAAAAUAAUAACUCUGGGAGAAUACCAGAAUGAGUUUAUAGUUACAGAAUGAAUUUAAACACAUGUACAUGUUUCUUCAAUUAUUUAAACUGUUUUCUUAUCAUUGAUUCGACAUUUUCUGGCAGAACUUGUUCAUCAUGUCUCAUUUGUAAUUAUUGCAAUUACACAGUUUAGGAAGUGGAAUCCAUACAUACAGAUAUUGGGUUUUAAGUUUUUGUAGACUUCCCACAGACAAACCUACCAUACAACAAAAUUUAAAGGAAAAAAUGCAGUAUUCAAGAACCAAAGCUGCCAUAUCUGCUUUCUGUGGACUUUUGAUGACUUAGUCUUGCAUUCUUUAUAGGUUAGCCAGACACUGGUCAUUUGGCUCAUGUACUGUGUUUAUCCUAGAGAACUUACAAAAUAGUUAACUUACUCUCUUUUGUAAGUGUGGUGUUUCGGGUAGGUUCUUACCCUGGCAGUGUCCCAGCUAGGGGGACCCUGAGGGAAUCCUGAAUUUUUUACAUUGUUAAAUGGGAGAAACUCUGAGUACUAUUAAGGGUCAGGUUGAAAUAUCUCAGCCUGUUACACAAGAUGGAAUUCAACAGGUUAUCUGUUAUUUUCAUCCUUUUCCAAGAAAUUGCAUUCAUCAUUUUAAGAAAGAUUGUUUUGAGGGCAAAAAAUGCAUACUUAGUUUGUUUUCAGUGGAAAUUAAGUACAUAUAUUAGCUUCAGAGUUCCAUCGUUGGUGAAAACAUGACGAUUCUGAAGCUUUUCGAUUUUAUGGAAAGUAAAAUAGUGAAAAAUGUCUUGUCUGAAAACAAACCUUGCUUCAGCAAAGUGUAAUCUUUUAAAGUCAGCAUCCCACCAAGACAUUCUCUUUGAAACGUACAUUUUCAUUAGUUUCUCAUGAAACCAAUGGACUAGUUUUUCUUUUAGCAAGUACAGUUAUAUUGCAUUUCUUCUUAACAAAAAUCUGCGUUUUUGCAGAGUUGCCUAAUAAUUUUGUUGGAAGUUUUUAUUGGAACAUAUAUCACCAGGAGGCUAUCAGUAAGAACUGCAGUUUCUAAAAUAAGCCUGAUCUUACUGAUGAGAAGCAGAAAAAUGGUCAAAGAAUUACUAGGUUAUUCACACUGAAGUAUUUUUUCAUCCGUGUCUUUGACCACUUGUUAUGCUUACUCAAGUUCUACAAGCACGUUGCUAAAACUUACUGCACUUCACUAAAACUAUAAAGUUACCCAUUUCUUAUCUUUUGUAACUCUUUUGUUAUCCCUUUUGCACCCAUUGUAAAGAUACUAAAGAAAAAACACUUUCCUGAGGUUACAGAGUAACCAACUCUCAGAAGCAUUUAAAAAAUGUCUCCCUGCUCCCCAGACUGUCUAGUGUGCUGCUGCACAGAUAUUAACAAUAGUGAUUAACUACUAGCCUUGUUGCCAUUAUUCUCACUGUCUCACAUCCUCUCAAUGGCAAUGCCAUUGACACACUUGAGACAGUGCAGUAUUUGAAGAGAUGAGUUAGUGUAUAAAUAGGAUCAUCAAACAUGGUACUCAAGAGCAGUAGUUCUCAAAACGGCUGGUUGUCACAAAUAAUGAUAGUAUUAUAAAGAUGGAAUAAAAAGAAAGAGGCUAAUUGAGAGAAUCUGCUUCCUCUAACAGCUGUCUUGUUUGUAGGCAAUAGAAAUGUCUUGUAUGCCAGUGCAAUUGGAUUUGUAAUAUUUUUAUGACUGAGCAUAAAAUAGUUUGCUAUUAAAAGAAGAGUUCACCAUUUUAUUUUUUUCUUAAAGCACAGAAGGACAUGAUAUUAUUGGAAGCAUUCUUGCUAGGCAAGUCAGGAUAUAUGGAGGGAAGAAUACCCAUACUACCAACCAAGGUACAUAUUUUUUCUCCCUAGAAUCAUAUUCAUGCAGUCCUUCACUUUCAGGAGUACAGGAUUUUAAUUAGUGAUUAGAAAGUACAGGGCACGUCCAGUAUUCCUGAAGUUCCAAACAACCGUGAGUUUUCAAGAGUGACCUGCUAAAUUUGGAACGUCAAGUCUAUUAAAAAUGUUUUCUUCUAGUUUCCUUCUGCAGAUUUACUGUAAAAAGAAGCAGUCCUUAAACAGUCAUCAGUAAUAACUUACAAGAAAAAUCCAUCAACCUCAGAAACCUAUCAAGCUUCUUUAAGAGUAACUUCAGUAAAGAAUAUUUUUUUGUACUCUUGUAGUAGAAGUCCGUCAGGAUAGCUUUCCGGGGCAGGGGGAGUGGAACUUAACAAUCCAAAAGCUCCAAGUUGAAGCAGAAGAAUUCUUUCACUUGUCAUUCUCAACAGUCUUUCAAGUAUUGUCAGAUAAUGCACCUGUGAUUCCCAGCUCUUUUCAGAAUUGCAUAUUAGUGCACUACUAACACCCUACUUUACUUUUAGACCAAGGAAGGGAAGACUCUUUCAUUGAAAAGUUCAGCAAGUUCUGCCUGGUGGCUCCCACAUUUUCCUCAGUUUCCACAUUCAGUUAUCAGUGUCAUUGUGUUCGUUCUAAUAAGCAUCCCAUAGAACAGGAGCUGGAAGCUAGAUACUGUCUUCAAAUCAGCAGCUAAUCCCCCAAAAUUUCACAGUUUUGACUCUAGAAGCCAACUUGGUUUUGGUUCUCUGUCAAAUAAGCAAAAGCAAUUUCUGUAUUUCAGCCUUACUACUAAUCUAUAAAAUGGGAAUGGUCAUAGAUAUAUUUACUGUUAUUUCCAAGGGAAUGCUAUCUCCACCCAUAACCGUAAUUUACCCGUACGUCCCUUUUUGACCAUCUGUCUCCUCUUUGACAUAAAAUUCUAACUGGAAUGUAUGUCCAGGUAUGGAACUUGGGUAUUAAUUCUGAGCUGUUUAAUUUUCAGGAAGUUGUAUAUUAUUAGCUGCUUUAGAACACCAUUUUCUCAGAUGUCAUCUAGGCAGGACUUAGUUUAGAAUUGCCAGAUAGUUUGGGGUUUUUUUGUGAGAUGAAGGACUAGUUAGAUGAUUGCUAGCUACAUGCAUUGUUGUUUUGCAGCUGUUUCAGAUUACAGCUGUGAGAGGGUAGUUCAUGUAUAGAUCUGGUUAUGGAUGCCUUCUCUAAAUCAAAAACUGUUAGCCAUACUUCCAAAAAAUGGAUAAAGCCCUUCAAUAAAGUUGACUAUGGUCAUACAGUGAAAACACAGAAGAGCCAUGAACUACAGUCUUUCUUCCUUUACCGUCCCAGAACUGAAUGUUUUAUAAAUAAAACUUGCAAUAACUGGCUUUGUGUUUAUAGGUAAAUAUGCCCUGUGAACAGGUAUGAUAACCUAGGACUCAUAUUGCUACCAGCAAAGAAGACUUGGAAAAAAGUGCUCCUAGCAAACUGUCCGUCUGAUUUUAGAACUACAAAUGUUCAUAGAUGAGUACAUAACAAGUUUUGCGAUUAUGGUAAGAGGCAGCGCACGCUUCUCCAUUGAAACCCUUUGUCAAUUUAAAGCAGGUAUGCUUUUUAAAAGAAAAAUCAGAUUGAUCAGCAAUUCCUUCUAGAUUACACACAUUCAAAGUACGAGCCAGAAACAUCCACCACUAACAAAAGAAAGAGCCACACUACUGUCUUUAAAUACAGUCAGCACAGUCUUUCUCAACAUAUAAAGAAUUCUGUAAUUGUUAAAUGCAGUAGUAGUACAAAAUCCUUGGAUUACUGAAAUGUAAACAGCUUCACUGAUCUUUUGAUUCAUUUCUUAAAGAAUAUUUCUGCUCUUUAUAAAAGGCUGCGGUAGGCUUACAGUUCUAGCUGAGCUCUGCUGUAACGAUCUGGCCUGUUGCAUCUCAGACAUUUACUAAUUUUUAUGGCUCCACAUACUGCAAAUGGUGCCCUUUCACAUACUUCAAAAAAGUUACUGAUGUGACAGAAAAGUUCAAAUAUAUCCCUGCUUUAGUUUGACUCAGAAAUACUGUAGUGCUUUAAACCUUGAUAACUGUGGCAAUGGAUUUGUGUGAAAAUUGAAGUGACCAUGAAUCAAGGUGAUGCACACUUUUCAAAUCACAUUUUUAAUCAAGUUAAAACCCCUAAAUAUAUUGUGAAUUGUCCACAUUGCAAAAGACAUCAGAAAAACAACAUUCCUGACAGCCUAGUUUACAAUACAGAGCAUGCCAUGCCUACUGUGGAACAAUGUAAAGCUAAAUACACUCCUUGAAAAAGGAAGACUUUUGCUGUCAGCCCAGAUACAAACAAUGGCUUUAAAAUUAACAGCAGUGACUUAAUUCCAGCAAAGCUUCGUUGUAAGCUUCCUUCUUAACAGACCUUUCCAGUGUUAAUUUCAUUAUUGUCAUCCAUUUUGCUUUUAGAAAUUUGACUUCUGUUUAUCAUACAACAGUUACUUGUAGUGGUAAUUAUAUCACCACCACCACCACGAAGUGCUGAGACUUGCAAAUUCAGAAGAUAAGCGUUGCUAAGUCUACAGGGAACUGAUCUUUCACUAGGUGUCAUGAGUUGCAAAGAUGUAAUGCAUUUCAAGUAUCACUGAAGUAAUGGUUUCAAUUAAAAACUGUUAUACAGUAAGCACAAUAGUUUUCCUUGCUUAAGGUAUCUCAUCCAUAGUAAUGUUUCCAGUUGACUAGAACUCAACAGGAAGGUAGAACGGUACCUUCCUUCCUCUCUAGUUUAUCAGGGAAGGGAACUGUUGAGUUCAAAUAGCCAGUUCAGGUGCUGUCAGCAAUUCUGAUAGGUAGAGCGCAUGUAGCCAGGAUGCCAUAGAGAAGGUCUUGCAGUCUGCGUGGCCCCUCUUUAUAAUACACCUGUGGUUGCUACAAGUCACUAAUAAAUACAGUGCACUGGGGAGUGGAAUUUUGCUAUAUCUCUGAGCGUGGCCAAUUCCUUAAAUCACCUAUAGUUGUAGUGCAUAAGGAGAAAUAGUGACAUUUUUUUCUUUGUCACAAAAUGCACAAAUGCAAUCUACAGUGGGGAGAGUCUGCAUUAUUUCCUUCCUUCCUUCCACCUCCUACUUGGUUGUGUCACAGAUUCAAAGUCUUCAGUAGACAGGACAACUAGAAGAAACGUAACUGUUUGUGCGGUUCAUUGUAUCGUUAUCUGAUCUGAUCAAUGGACAAGUUGAUUUUUCCACCAAGCUUCCCAACCUAGUUUUCUCUGAGAUGCUAAAAAUCAUGCAAUAGGAAAAAAAUCAUGAUACAGUCUCAUCACAGAGGACACAAAAGGCAGGCAAAGAAAUUUUGAGGACUGAAAGACAACAAUAAACACCUGUCUUGUCCCUUCUGUGUAAUUGUAUACAUGUUCAAAUUACUUCCAGGGAUGAAACUUCCAAUUAAGGUUAGUGAGACUACUGUUUUUUCAGUUGCAUGUGUUACUUUUCCUUUAUGUAAUUGUAGGCAGCUGGAGACAGAGGAGGUGUGUAGGGGAAGGAGGGAAGGUCGGUUCACUGAUCUGCUGGCACAUGCAAGACUUUUGACACCAUAACCUUGAGUGGGGCACAGAUACUGUUUGCAAACAUGUUUAGAUUUCUCUUCACUUUUGUGCCAAAGUACGCACCAGCAAGUUUAAUAUCAGGUAAAGCACCUUUUAUACUCUUUCUUGUUUAAAAAUAAUAUAUUUGUGAAACAGAUCGGUAAUACAUAACACUGGAAAUGGGUGCAUCUUCCCAAAAGUACACAUGUAAAAAAAAAAAAAAAGGAAAUAACGCUUGUGAGUUUAAGCAAGUCUGAAAAUGAUAACUUUUAAUACAGUUGCCGGUUGUCUGUCCUUCAUAAUUUUAAAUAGAUCUGCAUUUUAACUUUAUUUAUUUGCCAAUUUUUUAUAUACUUUAAAGUUACACUUCUGAACUCAAGCUAACUUUUUAUUUUCCUAGGCUGUUACAAAACAGAAUUUCAGUAUUCUUGUAAACUGCAGACCUUUCUCGAGUAGUCCUUUGUCUUUUCUUAUGGACCAGUUACCACUAAUGAGUCUGCAGUCCCCUUUUUACUGUACUCUUCCAAUAAAUGUAAAAUAUUUGUAUCAA